GGCAGCCGGAGAGGGGAACACUGAGGGGGCAUUUCAGGAAUGCCAGGAAAUGUCCCCAGGGCAGGUGCCAAGAGGUGCCCGGCUCAUCUCAGAGGUGCUGAGUGACAGAGCAAUGGCCAUAAAAUAUAACAUAACAAAGAGAUUUUUCUCCAGUGAGGAAGAACUUCUCUACGUUGAGGAUGGCAAUGGGACAGGCUGCUCUCAGGGGCUCCCUCUGGAGACACUCACAACCCACCUGGAUGUGUUCCUGUGCCACCUGCUCCAGGUGACUGGAUGGUCGCCAGAGGUGCCUUCCAAACCCACCCGUUCUGACAUUCUGUGAUUCUGUCAUUAUUUUCUAGUCUAAAUUUGGUCUCUCUGCCCUCCAGUCCAGUCACGGUCCCCACCUGGGCAUCUGAGGAUAUUUUACAGUGGUGAAUUUAGUGAAACUCCUGGAGUUGUUGGAAAGGCUCUCUGCCUGCAGUUCUGGGCACGGCAUCACCUCUUGGGCAACUCUGGAGCUGCCUGAGCUGGGAAAAGCUGGCACAGCCCAGAGCUGCAGAGUGAGAAUCUGGUGUUUAUUUUACAUUUUGGAUCCAGGUUCUGACAGAAGCUUUUAGGUUGGGAAAGCCUUUACCCCCCUCUGGGCUUGGAACAAGCCUUCAGCAGUAUUGGACCUUGACAGCAGGCACAGGCCUGGGUGUACAUAACGAGGUUUUUCAGCUGUUAAAGUUGCUUUUUGUUCAGAGGCAAGAGUCAGCCCCAACAGAAGACACUGUUUACAGAUACAGAGCUUUAGGUGUGUGCUGCCAGCUGGUACAGGACUAGACAGGCUUUUUUUUUAUUUUCCAGGGAAGAGCUCUCCUCCCUGCUAUUUAACUUCAUUGCUCAUUUUGCAGACAUAUCUAAAAAUCUUUCUGGACAAGGUUGAAAGGAUGGAGUCGUGCUUGUUGUUGACACAGAUCAUGCACAUGUCCCUGCUCACAAAGAUCUCAUUUGCUUGCCAAAAUAUCUUAAACUACCAAGCUAAUUAAACUGAUUCACUGGAGUGAGAAGAUCCAUGGCAGAACAUAGUGAAAAGAGGGAGGGAAAAUCCAUGUUAGUGUUGGCACUUUAUUUUCCAGAGGCACCAAUCCUUUGGAUUACUCUUUUUAGGGGGAAUUGGGUUAUACUUGGGUUAAGUAUCAGUGGCAUUACAUCAAGAGAUGUUGGCUUAUUUUCUUCUGAAGCACAAUGCUGCUGCCCUUUCCAACAUGAACAAAAAGCACAAUCACUACAGUUUUGAAAGAAAUAAAAAUCUCCUUUUGUGUUUAUACCACACUCCCACAUCUACAAUUAUGUUGGAGCUCUCUCUUGUAAAGGCCAUGCAAGCAAACUUCAGAAAACUUUUCCUUCUAAAGUACCUGUUUCAUUUGUGCACAUACUAAUCCAGCUUUUGUACUGAUUUACCAAAACCAGGCAGCUGUCAUUCCCUGAAUCUCAGACAUAAAGCAUGUCUUUUUUUUUUAAAUUCCUGAAGCUCUUCUUCCCAAAUUUUUUUAUAUAUUUCCUCAAUUACUGGCACCAGACAUGCACACAGUAUUUAAAUUGUGCCAAAUACUGGCCUAAUGUAGAAUCUGUAGGUGUCCUCUAUAUUUCCUUGCAGCCAAAUCCAGCAAAUUAUCUGCUUUUCCAAGUGAGUGGAUAUUCACAUAAUUUUUUUAGACCCACCUGCUUUUUUCUCAUGAUUUUUGGAGAUUAUUUAUAGCCACUGUUUCCUGGAAAGGAGCUACAUUUUAGUGCACAUACUCUUUGAACAUGUGCAAGCUUUCACCUCAUCCUGUUAAAAUAAGUUGUGUUUGCUUAUCUCCAUCGUGAAUCUCAGAUUCAAGGUGACAUCUCCUCACCACUUACCUCCAGCUGACAAACUUCAUCAGCACUCGAGGUGUGGGCAGCUUUUCUGGGUUCAUCUAACUACUAAAGUAGCAAGGGGGAGAAUUCCUUUAGAAAUAUUCCCAGUGCUGCUGAUUUUCUAUGCUGCCAGGUAGUCAGACAUUUACUAUUUAGUAUGCACAGCCUUGUUUUGGGGCAUUUCUCAUAUUUUUAGUGAGAGCAUCAUGUAGUACUGGAUGAACCUCACACAGGAGCCUUCUCCAGGACAGGCUUUGUGCCAGAAGAGCCAGGCUGGGAGAGUCACGUUGCCUACACCCUCAGCAGUGGUGUUUGUGCUGGCACAGGUACCACCUUCUCACAUUUAGACAUGAAUCAAAGUCAACAAAACCUUUCCUUGACCUAGAUAUAGCCACAGCAAUGCUUUUGUCACAUGGAAUCACAUCCUACACAAGAUGAUUAUGUUGGCAAAUCUGCAAAGUGCUUUAAGUCUUUAUUAACUGGAUUUUGAUUCACAUAAAAACCCAACAAGUUGACUUGAUGAGAUAUAUAUUUCAUAAACACCUGCUUAGACUUUAUUAAACUUCUAUUAAUAGAACUUAUAUAUACAAAUAUUCAGCUAGUUCUCUGAGAUCCACAUUGUGCGUCUGAAACAUCUCAUUGGAGAAACUGGAAAAUUUUUAAUGCUCAAACCUAUUCCUAUCCAUGCUAAUAUUCAACUAACUGCCUAUAUGAUUCAAGAAAAACCACAGUGAUAUCUGCUGUUUGACUGGUGUUUGCUUAAGAACUGUGGAAAAGUAUUUCAUCAUCCUGCAACCUGCCUGCAACAUUUGUCUUUUUCCCCAAGCACAGAAUGGAAAUAUUUAACUACAUCAAAGUUUUCUCCAUCUCCACUGUCAGCUUCAAAAAAAAUCACAUAAUCUUGCAGCAUUAUUUUUAAGGUUCCUUCAUUCUAAUUGAAAAAAAUAUGACUAUUCACAGCCACAUUUCUACUACUGUAUGGACCACAUAUCCACUGUCCUUGUGUCACUGCCCUCUUUGCAGCAUUAAAAGUCAUUUAUUUUUAUAUUUUUCUCCCACAUUGGGUUUUACAAAUAUGCAUAAACCCAACCAUGCAGGCCUUAAGGAACACAAGUGGCCCCUCUGCAAGAACUGUGAAUAUCAUAAAAUCCCAGACCAGCUGGGAUGUCGGAACUGAUUCACUUCUGAAAUCCAGUCUCACCUGUUCCAAAGGCAAAUACCAUGGUUUGAUUUGGACAAAAAAUGCUCUUUGAUUUCCUCAUUGUGAAGGCUACAGGAACACAGCCAAGCCUACAGACAGGGAACUUGCCAGUACCCCAGACCUGCAUUCACACAAAGUUUACAGAAUCACAGAAAAGUUGAGAUUGGAAGGGACAUUUAAAGAAUAUCUUGUGCAGCCCCCUGCCACAGGCAGGGACACCUUCCACUAUUCCAGAGAUGAUGAGAGGUCUAUCCAACUUGUCCUUGGACACGUCUACAGGUGGGGCAUCCACAGCUUCCCUUCACAGCCUGUUUGGUACCUUACCCCGCUCACAGCAAAGAACAUCCUCCUAAUACUCAAUCUAAACCUACACUCUCUUGGUUUGAAGCCAUUCCUCCUUGUCCUGUCACUAAAUGCUCUUGUAAAAAAUCCAUCUCCAUCUUUUCUUGCAGACUCCCUUCAGGUACUAGAAGGCUGCAAUUAAGUCAUGUGGAAGCCUUCUCUUCUGCAGGCUGAACAAUCCCAACUCCCUCAGCCUUUCCUCAUAGGAAUGGUGCUCCACCUCUCUAAUCAUCUUGGUGGCCUCCUCUGGAUUUGCUCCAACAGAACCACGUCCCUCGUGUGCUGAGGAUCCCAGAGCUGGAUGCAGCACUGCAGGCGGGGUCUCACCAGUGUAGAGUUGGAAGGCACCUCUGGAGAUCAUCCAGCCCAACCCCACUGCCAAGGCAGGGUCACCUGGAGCAGGUGAUGCAGGAACACAUCCAGGUGGGUUCUGAAUGUCUCCACAGAAGGAGACUCACAACAUCCCUGAGCGCCUGUCCCAGUGCUCUGCCAGUCCCAACGAAAAGUUCUUCCUCGUGUUGAGGUGGAACUUCUUGGGUUUUAUUUUACGGCCAUUGCUCCUAGUCCUGUUGCUGGGCGCUACUGCAAAGAGUCUGACACCAACUUCUUGGCAUCCACCUUUGAGACAUUUCUAUGCAUUUAUGAAAUCUCCUCGCAGUCUUCUCCAGGCUGACCAGGCCGAGCUCCCGCAGUCUCCUCACAGAAGAGAUGCUCCAGAGGCCUCCUCAUCUCUGUGCAGCUCCGUGUCUCCCUUGUGCUGAGGAGCCCAGAACUGGACACGGCACUCCACAUUGCCUCGCUGGAGCCCGGAACAUCAUGUGCCUGCCCGUUCCGUCCGGCAGGGCCGGAGCCCUGAGGGGCCCCGCUGCAGACACCGCCCCCGGGGCUCGGGGCGGGUCCGGGGGCGGUGGCGGCGGCGGGGGCAGCGCGGCCAUGGCCAUGGCGGCCGCGGCGGGGGCUCGGGCCGUGAGCUCCGCGCUCUGCCGGGCCGGCCCCAGGCGCUGGUACCGCACCGAGCGCGGCGUCUACGGCUACAAACCGCGGAAGGCGGCGGGCGGGCGGGCGGAGGAGCAGCGCGGCGCCGGCAGAGCAGUUGACCACGCUCUUGCUCGUUUAAUAACUGCCUAUGCUGAGCAUGGCCACAAAGCAGCCAAAAUAAACCCACUGUUUGCUGGCCGAGCUGUUAUGAGCAUGGUACCUGAAAUCCAAGAGCUGGCUGAAGUUCUUCAGGGUCCUCUCGUUACUACAGGACUUAUAAACAUGGGAAAAGAGGAGGCUUCUGUAGAGGAUGUGAUGGCUUACCUUGACCAUAUAUACUGCGGGCAUAUUUCCAUAGAAACAAGCCAGCUUCCAACUUUGGAGGAGAGAGAAUGGUUUGCUAAAAGGUUUGAAGAGCUAAAGCAAGAAGCAUUUACACCUGAAGAGAAAAAGCACUUGUGCAAACUAAUGCUGGAGUCCCAGGAGUUUGAUCACUUCUUGGCCACCAAGUUUGCCACGGUGAAGAGAUAUGGUGGUGAGGGAGCAGAGAGCAUGAUGGGUUUCUUCCACGAGCUGUUCAAGAUGUGCGCCUACAGCGGGGUCACGGAUAUCAUCAUUGGAAUGCCCCACAGGGGGAGGCUGAACCUGCUCGCAGGCUUACUCCAGCUUCCUCCUGAGCUCAUGUUCCGCAAGAUGCGUGGUUUGAGCGAGUUUCCAGAGAAUUCAGCAGCCAUUGGGGAUGUUCUCUCCCACCUGACAUCUUCUGUAGAUCUGGACUUCGGCUCCCACAGACCUGUGCAUGUCACCUUGCUGCCCAACCCCUCACACUUAGAAGCCAUCAACCCAGUGGCUGUGGGCAAGACCCGAGCCAGGCAACAGACCCUGCUCGAUGGCGAUUACUCCCCAGAGAGCUCUGCACAGCCUGGGGACAAAGUUAUUUGCCUGCAGGUUCAUGGCGAUGCUGCUUUCUCUGGGCAAGGGAUUGUUCCUGAAACAUUGACCCUCUCUAAUCUACCACAUUUCAGAGUUGGUGGGAGCAUCCAUUUGAUUGUUAAUAACCAGCUGGGCUACACCACUCCUCCAGAGCGAGGAAGGUCAUCCCUGUACUGCAGUGACAUUGGUAAAAUUGUUGGAUGUGCAGUUAUCCAUGUGAACGGGGAUGAUCCUGAGGAAGUUGUCCGUGCCACACGACUGGCUGUGGAGUACCAGCGCCAGUUCCGCAGGGACGUCAUCGUGGACUUGCUGUGCUACAGGCAGUGGGGCCACAAUGAGCUUGAUGAGCCCUUCUUCACCAACCCCAGCAUGUACAAAAUCAUCAGAUCCCGUAAGAGCAUCCCGGACACGUACGCAGAACAGCUCACGGCUGCUGGGCUCAUGACUGAGGCUGAAGUGUCUGAGAUAAAGACCACGUGCUAUUCCAAGCUGAACGAUCACCUUGCCAACGUGAGUUCGUACAGCCCACCCCCUACCAACCUGCAGGCUCACUGGAAAGGCUUCGUGGAGCCUUCUGCCACCAUCAGCACCUGGGACACGGGCAUGCCUGUGCCUCUGCUGCAGUUCAUUGGAGCCAAGUCUGUGGAGGUGCCCCAAGAGCUGCAGAUGCACAGCCAUCUCCUGAAGACCUAUGCUCAGUCAAGAAUUCAAAAAAUGGAGGAAGGAAAAAAGCUGGACUGGGCAACAGCUGAAGCUUUAGCAUUUGGUUCUCUGCUGAGCCAAGGGUUUAAUAUCAGACUAAGUGGACAAGAUGUUGGCAGAGGAACCUUCAGCCAACGGCACGCGAUGUUGGUUUGCCAAGAGACAGAUGACACCUACAUUCCUCUGAAUCACAUGUCCCCAGACCAGAAGGGUUUCCUAGAGGUGAGUAACAGUCCCUUGUCUGAAGAAGCUGUGCUUGGUUUUGAAUAUGGAAUGAGUAUUGAGAGCCCUAAGUUACUGCCAAUUUGGGAAGCUCAGUUUGGAGACUUCUUUAAUGGAGCCCAGAUAAUAUUUGACACUUUUAUCUCUGGAGGUGAGGCUAAAUGGCUUCUGCAGAGUGGGAUAGUAAUUCUUCUUCCCCAUGGCUACGAUGGUGCAGGCCCCGAGCACUCGUCCUGCCGGAUGGAACGGUUCCUCCAGAUGUGUGACAGCUCAGAAGAGGGUGUUGAUGGUGACCAGGUCAACAUGUCAGUUGUGCAUCCCACCACCCCUGCACAGUAUUUCCAUUUACUCCGGAGGCAAAUGGUCCGAAACUUCAGGAAACCUCUCAUUGUUGCUUCUCCCAAAGUGUUACUCAGGCUUCCAGCUGCUGUAUCAAGUUUUGAAGAAAUGGCCCCAGGGACAACAUUCAAGCCUGUCAUUGGUGACUCCUCAGUAAAUCCUAAAAGUGUCACCCAAGUGGUCCUGUGUUCUGGAAAGCAUUACUAUGCUCUGAUGAAGCAAAGAGAAACACUGGGAGAGAAGCAGCACAGCACAGCUAUUCUGAGACUUGAAGAGCUCUGUCCUUUCCCCCUGGAAGCUCUACAGCAAGAGCUGAGCAAGUACAGCCAUGCAAAAGUCUUCAUCUGGAGUCAGGAAGAGCCACAGAACAUGGGUCCAUGGUCCUUUGUGUCUCCACGGUUUGAAAAGCAGCUGGGGCUUAAGCUCCGUCUUGUGAGCAGACCUCCUCUACCAGCCCCAGCAGUUGGCAUUGGAACUCUCCACAACAAGCAGCAGGAAGAUGUUCUGACCCACACAUUUAUCUAAGUUUUCAGUGGAUGGAUUGCUCCUGAUGUCAGUCAUGUUCAGUGCCUCCUCCUGUGAAGAACAAAAGCCAGAUCCUGAAGACUCUUAGUUCUCCAAAAUGGAAAAAAAAAAAGGUGGAAUAAAUUUAGUAAUGAUGAAGCAAUUUUUUCAUGUUGGGGAAUACCUAACAAUGAGAAGUGCCUGUUACUCCUGAUAUUUCUUGUUCUCUUACACAGUUUUCUACAAAAUGUCUUUAUAAAGUUAAAAAAUCCAGUGCAGGGGACAGAUUGGUGAGGUGACUGUGGAAUACCUUAUCUUGCUGCUUAUUUGCACUUGACAGUUUCCUGGGAUGGUGCGUGUGUGGAAACACGUUCUGUUUCUUCUCUUCCUACAGAAGUGUUAGUACUGCUUGAUCAAAUAAAUGCUUCCCCAUGCCUGGGAAUGAGCCAUUUCUAUAGCAGAA